UUGGAUUCGUCUCUGGUCUUGCGCCGACUCGUGGCCGCAGCGAGCGAGCGAGCUUUAUAAGGCAUCGCGGAGCUUUUCUGGAAUGUAUCGCUGAGCGUCGACAUCAAAUCGGAGGCGAGCACAGAACAGAGCACCUAGACCGACUGCGACUGCGCGAUUCUGUCUGCCUUGAGGUCUCCAAUCACAAAUCGCAGGAAGCGGGCUAAAUUUUCCAUAAUGGCAUCCAAGAUUGAGCUUUACAGUCUGGCUACUCCCAAUGGAAUGAAGGUGAGCGUUGCAUUGGAGGAGAUGGGUCUGGAAUACAAUGCCCACACUAUCGACAUCAUGAAGGGCGACCAAUUCACACCCGAGUUUAUUGCCGUCAACCCCAACUCAAAAAUCCCGGCAAUCACAGAUCCAAAUGGUCCAGAUGGUAAACCAAUCAAUGUGUUUGAGAGUGGAGCUAUAUUGUUAUACCUAGGAGAGAAGACAGGAAAGUUUCUACCGGCCGAUCCCCGCCUGAAGUACGAAACUAUUCAAUGGGUUUUCUUCCAGAUGGGAGGAGUCGGUCCGAUGUUUGGACAGUUUGGACAUUUCUACAAGUAUGCCAAGGACAAGUGUGAUCAUCCCUACCCGUUGCAGAGGUACUCCACUGAGGUAAAACGCAUUCUCGGCGUGCUCGAAAAGCGUCUGGAGGGUACAGAUUUCCUCGUUGGGAACGAAUACACAAUCGCUGAUAUGGCUUCAUUCCCUUGGGUCCAUUGCCUCGAUUUCGGUUACCAUGCAGCUGAGUAUCUAGGUGUGUCUAACUUUCCGAAUGUAGUUGCAUGGAAAGAAAGGUGUAUGGCCCGACCUGCCACUGCCAAGGGUUUGACUGUCUGCCCUUUCCAGUGAAUGUAUAGAGAUUCUAAAUCGAAAUUGCCUGUGGCCUCGAGGAUAUAGCUCUAUGUUCUUUAGAGUUUGUGAAUUACCGAAGACGAGCUUAUGUAAUUUCGAAGAGUUCGACACUCAAUUGUACAUGCCAAAUAUAAUAUACUACGAGAAUGUUCUCAUGUAACUGAA